AUGCGCGACCACCGAACGAUCGAGACGACGAUGCGAAGAAGGUUUCGGGACUGCUCUGGGAUUGCUAUAAUGAGACAACAUGCGACCGUGGAGGAGACGAAAAACAUGAGACGCUGGUCGGAAGGCCUCGACGAGCGCCACAAACAGAACAUGGCAAACAUAGAACACGAGGCACACGAGGGCACAACAGAACUUUCUUUUAUGGCGAACGACAUCGAACGAUCACGCGCAUGGCAGAACAAGGCAUCCCCGACUUCACGUCAAGCAUACUAA